AGCAGACAACAUGAGCGUCCAGUUCCCUUUGCAUUGCACAAUUGACCGGUAUGAUUUCCACAUAGUAAUGUGAGGACCUUGGGAUUGACCAUUCAAAAGCAAUGGAGCAGCCAUUUUCUAGCUCCAAGGUUACAGGUAAACUUAGAUCAUCUCACACAAGGCUCCUACAAUGCUAACAAUUACAAGUGGAGUAUUUUGAUCCUCAUGGAGUAUACCAGCUACUGUCACCCGGCUUGCUCCCCCGCCUACCGCUCCGAAAUCUUCAUUGGGAGUCCCAUUCUGGUCUGUUACGAUCGAUUGGGUCCCUCCAUAUCGACCUCUUCUCAUCCACGCAAGACCUGCGCCCGAACUCGUCAGCUACAGAAGCAACCACCGAUAGCAAUCUAUCGCUAUUUCGCGUGAAGAGCGAAGACUCAGCUGCAAGUGGAGAGGAUGGGUUUCGAAUACAAAUUCUGGGGCAUGUUGUGGGAGAGAAAUCGGAUUUGCCGCCCGGAAAAGAGGCGCCCUCAAAGCCAGCUACAAAGGAGCGAAGGCACCAGAUACCAGGCUUACGCCAGACUCCCUACCUGAAGAUUUUCUUCUUACGAUGUGAUGACAACGAAACAUAUAAAGCGCAGGCUCGUCGAGAAGUCCGGGAAUGGAUUAAGGUGCAUAUACCACCUGCACAAAGCAGCACGAAACAAAAUACGCAAGAGAACCACGAUGCCUACGAGUGGCUCAUCGUACAUGUGGUUGUUCCAAACACGGCUGCAGCCACGCAACCCAGGACAAGUGGGAAAAGUGCGGAGGGAAACUCUGGAAAUGCUGCGGAAAAGGCAGCCGCUCGUUGGAGAGGCGGCGGUUCAUCAACAAUUCUAGAAAAGUUAAGAGCCGAUUUCAACGGCUCUUCCAAAUCGGCUGUUGACCGGAUUGCUCAAAUCCGCAUUGGGAUCAAUGAUGUACCGUAUGAUAUGCUCCCGCGUGUGGUCCCUGCUAUUCCGGGUUCAUAUACCGAAUCAGCGCAGGAAAAUGAGAACUCCUGGAUAGAUCUCAUCGCGAAAUUAAAGUACUUGAUCUUGGCAUCAUUCGACAUGCGGGUUGGACAAUAUGAGGAAGAUAUUCGUGAGAAGGACUUGCAAAGGACUCUGCCUGGCUGGAAUUUCUGUACUUUCUUUGUGCUCAAAGAAGGCUUAGCGAGAGGAUUUGAAAGUGUCGGCCUCGUAGAGGAUGCAUUGGUGGGAUAUGAUGAAUUAGCUGUCGGUCUUGAUGCCAUUGUCAGAGAACAAAGUACAACAGACGUGACCCCCCAACCCGGUGGCUCUUUUUUGCCCUUUACCGAAGACCUCAAACGGCAGGCAGAAAAAACGAGAGCAGCUAUACUUAGAGAUAUGGGUGAAGAGAAUAUGGAUACUGAAGACACCAUCGAUCUCCAGAAGUCGAGCUCUGAUCCUGUAGAUGGAGAAUUCGACGAAAUACCCGUAAAUGCAUUCAAGAAGCGUUAUCGACAUCUUAUUCUUUCCAACAAUAUCUCAAUAUUUGACUUUCGCUGUUAUAUUUUUGCACGCCAGUUAUCCCUUCUACUCCGCCUCGCAAACGCAUGGUCAUCUCAGGAAGAAUUGCUGGCUAAACUUAAAGAGCAGCGAGAGUCUAGCCUACAAGGAGUGGCUGCUCGAUACCCAGUAUCCCAGCUUUCAAAUGAGUCCGAAAAGCUCAAUGUACUUGCUGAAGUUUGCAGUAGAUCUCUUGAUUUUGUGGCAUCCAUUACACGCGUAUUGCGCGACGAUAUAUGGGCUUCUCAGGUGGAGCAAGGAGCAAGCACAAAUGGGGAUGAGAAGAAAGGCGACACUUCGAGAUUUGAUCCUAUUAUGGCUCAAGUGGUGGAUAAUAUUGCCUCCUCAUUCACAUUCUCAGUCGCUCAGCAAAUACUAGCACAAACGUCCACAAAGGCGCUACCCAUUCCCCCAACGACUCUUGCUCCGCUCGGUUCAAAGGCUGGCCCUGAUGGGUUGGAACCCAAAGCAGCAAUUCCUGAACCAAAAACUAUGAUGCACCCAGCACGUAGUAGCUCCCUCGCAGUUCGCUCGAAUUCACGGGAACCCUCCGGGAAUCGAAGUGCCAGUGUACCCGAGCAUGCUGUUACAGCAUCGCCAUUCAUCAAGGCCGGGUUAGAAGAACUUGCGGGUCAUCGAGCAGAGCUAUAUCUGCUGUCACGGAAUGUCUUGGAGCAGGUUGCAAAGGACCACGGCUGGGAUACGGGCUGGAAUACAAUCUCAGAACUUUAUCGAAAGGCUGAAAUGGAAGACGUUGACCUUGGGGACGACGAUUCCGAGAAAUCUGACCAAGUCACAAUAGGCAAGAAACUGCAGCCCACCAUUCAUGGAAUACACAGCAAGCUCCUACGGACCGCCAUAGAUAACCAAGAUGAUUUCUAUCGGCUGUAUGAAACUUUGACGGAUAAGGCCCUGCGGCACUAUACCGUCGCCGGAUACACACAUUCCGUUUUGUCGACUAUGGCCGACUUGGCGAUCUUCAAAUACCAUCUCAAAGAUUAUGCCGCAGCCACUUCCUAUUUUUAUCAAAUGACCCCAUCAUAUGGAGAAGGUGGGUGGUCUCAGGUAGAAAUAUCUAUGCUUGUGUUGUAUGCGAAUUGUCUGAAAGAGCUUCAAAGAAAUGAGGAAUACGUCCGGGUUGUGUUGAAACUUCUGUCAAAGUCUGCAAUUGCUGAAAAGGCGAAGCAGCUUCGGAAAUCGAGCUUGAAGAUCGGAAAUAAUCAACCUUUUAGUGACGAUGAAAUAGUUUCGACUGCAUCAUACUUGGGAGAAUUGUUAGAGAUCACCAAGAGCUUCAAACAUGAAGUCACCAUACCGCUUCAGAAUUUCUUUGGGCAUGUUGGUGUUGACGGUACGCCUCAAUAUCAUUCCGACCGAGAUAGCUUCACUCUGCAGCUCCGUCUUCGUUAUCUGCUCGAAGGUGAUCUUCCAAUCGAAAAGGCAAAAGUCAGAAUCAACGCUACAUUUGGGGAUACCCACAGAGAGAUUUGGCUUGAAAGUAAGGGUCCUAUUGUAUUCAAAAACGGCCUUGGAACUCUACACGUAGAAACGACAGUAAGAAUAUCGUCUGCUUUUUUUUCUCGUUGCUAACUCUUUCAGGUCAUCGUCCCUGGAACCUAUACAGUUGGUCAUGUCAGUCUUCAUACUAACAAUCUGAUUCUUGAGUACGAACGUACCGGCUCAACGCCGAGUAAAGGUGACGGCUUCUUCAAGUGUCCAAAAAUUCUUCUCUACCAUCGAUCAGAGGCGUUCGAUCUUAAAUUAUUUGCCUCCAAAUAUAUGCACCUUGACCGGAAUCGUUCACUGGAACUUGACCUUUCAACUGGUUGGAAUGAUGUGAUAGAAGGAAGCCUUCAGAUCCGAGCCGCAACUGCUGGCUUGAGAGUGCAAACAAGCGAGGCUAUGGUUGUUGGUAGUGCCAUGGAGCUUUCAAGGAAACUUGAGGCUGGUGUUAUACGAUUCGGUUCGCUGGCUCCUCAUUCUACAGCGAAAAUUCGGAUGCCAUUCAAUCUUGAACACGAUUCAAGCGACGUGUCGUUGAAGAUAGAAGUUUCUUACACGACUGAAAAAGGAAAAUUCUUUUUUGCCGCCAUACCGACAAUGUCAAUUUUGCUUCCACUCGGAGUAAACGUUCAAGAUGUCUUCAAACACAAAGCCUUGUUCUCAAAAUUUACCAUAUCUUCAGCAACCUCCAGUCCGCUGCGGCUGCUGAGUUCGAAACUAGAGGGGUCUGAGGUUUUCGAGGCCAAAUGCGGACUCCCAUUUUCGCAACCACUUACCAUCUUUCCUCGCCAACCAGCAUCGAUGUUGUACAAAAUCACGAAGCUUCCUCCACCAAAAACAGGACUACGAAAUGAUCGUAAGUCGGCGUUAUCUUUGGUGCUCCAUUACGUCUGCCUUGAGGAAGAGAUUGAGAGUGCAAUCACGGCAAGUCUCAAAAAUGCCCUCAGUGACACAGCGUUAUACCCAUAUGCCCGUUUGAUCAUACCUACGGUCGUACACGAAAUUCAAAAAAGCCUAUCUCCUUACGAUUUAGAACGGAUAGCUGUUCUAAAUGAAAUCACAACCUCGCCCAUUGCAAAUGCCACCUGGCGAGAUUACUUCUUAGGCUUAGGCUACACAGCUGACGGCAAACAAGAUAUUGCUACACUUCUGUCCGAUGGCCUGAAAUCAUGGCAGCAAGAAAACCCGACCAUCCCUUUAAACCCUUUAGCUAUGAAUGAAGAGUCCGUCUCUUCAAGCAGGUCGAUCGUUAUUCCCGUUGAGGUCCCUCCAGUUACCGUGGUCCACACGAUUGACCUCAAAUUGGCAACUUCAACAUCUAUAUACUCGAAUACCGCUAUUGCAGUAUCCAACCAGCCCAUCACAGCAUCACUCGGCAUCAAAUGGACCCGUCAGUGGGACAUUGAUGUCGAUUCAGAAGCAGAACAGACACAAGACCUCGUCUUCUACUACGAAGUGUCUGGGUCCCUCGAUGCCUGGCUUAUCGGUGGGAAACGAAAAGGUCAUUUCACCGUCCCUGGCAAACAGGAAUCUUCGCCUAAAGGCCAAAGUUUAUCUUUCCCGAUCGUUCUUAUCCCCUUGAAGGAGGGCCUACUGCCUUUCCCAAAUGUAGAUGUUAAGCCCUCGCCAAUUUCAAAGGUCAUCAGACCUGAUGGGACGUCGGGUGAUGUGCAGAGUCCCAGGCCCAAGCAAACCAUUACUUGUGAGGCGGAUUACCAGAAUGCGGGAGAGAUGAUUAGGGUUAUCAGUGAUGCGGUGAAGACUACUGUUAGUUUAGAUGCCAGUGGGCCACAAGGUGGAGCUAUGCUAUUAGAGUGCGAGGGUAGAGGGUCCUUGAAAGAGGUGACUAGUGGAUGAGGCCUUGGCU